UGAGGGGGCGGGAUUCAUGGGCUAGCUAACGUACGCUCGUUAGUAGGAAGAAGAAGCCGAUUCUGGAAGCCAUUACGUUGCGCAUAUCAAUUGAGUACUAUAUUUGCGUAUAGUACGCAAACUACUCUAAACUCUGACUUUAUGCAAUUAUGGUCUCGGUCGCAAAAAAGAGAAAAAUGAAUUUCUCGGAGAGAGAGGUUGAAAUUAUUGUGGAAGAAAUAGAGAAACAAAAGCACACAUUGGUUAACCACUUCAAUGCUGGAGUCUCUCACAUGGCAAAGAACAACGCAUGGUUGGAGAUCCUCAGAAAGGUGAACGCUGUGACAACAUGUCCGAGAGAGUUGCCUGAGGUCAAGAAAAAGUGGUCCGAUAUGAAGACGGAGGUUAGAAGAAAAGUGGCGCAGGCGCGGGCUGCGAUAGAAGGCACGUCCACCGACUGCACUCCCGUUCCCGUCCUUCUCACUGCCAUGCAGCAGAGGAUCUGUAACCUCCUGGGAGAAGCCACGAUCAUCAGUUUACCUGCAGGAGACUCGGAUACUGAGAUCACUUUGCCUGUCACGGCAAACUCCACCACCGUCGCACUCACAGAGCCUCUCCCAGCAGUUUCAGUAACUGUUUGUCAUGAAGCAAAAACACUGAAUGAACAGGACCCUCAGCCAGGCCAAAGCAGGACUCUUCCCAUGGCCAAAGCAGGACUCUUCCCAUGGCCAAAGCAGGACUCUUCCCAUGGCCAAAGCAGGACUCUUCCUAUGGCCAAAGCAGGACUCUUCCCAUGGCCAAAGCAGGACUCUCACAUACUGUAUAACAUCUACACAUCCCAUUUUUCAGAUUUUUGUCUUUUUUUAAGUGGACCAAAUUACUUAUUUAAAAAUAAAGCGUGCAUAUCUGAUGUUGCUCACAGUAGUCCUCAGUUUGCUCAGGGAGCUUGUGUGUAUGCCCAGAUACAUGAAAAAUUAGAGGGAACAUUGCUCACACUACUAAACAAGGUCAGUAUUAACUUAAACUAAAAUAUUAAUUCAGUGGCUACUUCAAAUAUUUUAACCCCCACCCAAAAUGGUUUCCAACGUCCUGAGUUAAUUCUACACUUUGUGGAAUAAUACUUGACACAAAUGCAGUUAUGUUUUAUACCUAUUAUAGUCAUUUAAAAUGUGACGCUGUAGCCUAUACCAACACUCAUUAAAAUACUAUUGUAAAACAAACACUGAGUUCUGCUCAGCCAACAGAAAAAAUGAUUGCUCUGCUUCCUCGAUAUUAUAAAGAAAAUGCCGUUUGCAAAAAAACAUAGUCCUAUGCAUAAAGGUUGCGCUGAUGUUAGUGCUCGUUCGGGGUGAAUGGAAAUCGUACUCAUGAUGCCCGCACACAAGACAGGUGAGUGUACUACAACACCAUCAGGAAUCCCACGACCAGCGAAGGUUACUGAGAUAAAUUAUACUGUUCAAACAAAGCAGUAGCGCUCGAAAAGCUAUUCUUGUAGAAAUGAUAAAACAUUUAAUCUGGGUCAAAAGAUUUCCUCGCGAUGUAAAGCGUUUCGAAUUAUUGCAGCUUCCAUGGUAAUCGAAUUUUGAAUUAACGGCUAAUCCACGAUUAACUGCUUUUUUUGUGUGGGAGGCGACAGAUUGAAACUCUGGGUCUCUUAUAGUAUACCUGCCAGCGAGCAAGUUAUGUUCACAGAGUAAGUUACCACAGUAUCUGACCCAGAGUUUGUUACCUCUCUUUCUGGAACGAAUAAAUCAGUUUCCCUCGUUUUCGUGGUAACUUAUCCAGAGUUUUCACAUAACCUGCUUUCUUGAAUACCCCCCAGACUGCGACUUUGAAUAUGAAUUGACAUUUUUAUGUAGAAUACCACUGGUCAUCUCCAACAAGUCUCUUCUUUAUAUGUUCAUUAGUCACGAACAAACAAUGAGAGGAAUACAUUUUGACAAAAGCUAGUGUUUUUAUUAAAUGAGAACAGUUCAUCUCUACCAAUUGGGAAUGUAUACACUGUGAAUGCAUACACUGUGAUAAGUAGCUAAGCAGGUCUCUCAUUGUUUUGUUUUUCAAUUUUAAAGUGAAUUAGAUGAGAAAGUGACUGAACAUGUUUUAUAAUAUUCUGUUACAUGGGUUACAUUAUGACUUACAAUAAAUCUCUGAAAACGAGUCCUCAAAUGGCUUCUGAAAUGCCUUCUACAGGACUGUCUCAGAAAAUUAGAAUAUUGCGACAAAUCACUAGUUAUUUUUGAAGUACUAUUGGACAAUAACUUGGAUCUGCUCCUUCUCUGUGAAACAUGGCAACAGCCCCUGGACUUUUUUACUCUCAACCAAGCCACUCCGUCCUACAGCUACAUCCUCUGGGCGAGGAGGUGGUAUUGCUGUCCUCCAUAAGCAGUCCCUACCCAUCACUGAAUUGGACCUCAACCUCCCAUCUAUUUCAUCUUUUGAAUAUCUCGCUUUUUCCCUCCCCUACUCUACUACUUCUGUUCUUAUCUACCGCCCCCCAAAAUCACAUCCGUCUUUUCUUUUUGACCUCUCUGAACUCCUCACCAUCGUAUCCUCAGUCUCCUAUCGCCUCCUACUCAUCGGUGACUUCAACAUCCACACCGAUCAGCCAACUGCUCCACUUACGUCUGACUUCAUCUCCCUUCUGGACUGCUUUCAUCUCACCCAGCACAUCAACUUCCCCACCCACACCAAAGGCCACACCCUGGAUAUAGUAUGCUCCUCCUUUCCACUCACAUCCAACCCCUGUCCUCUCACCUUUCCACUGUCAGAUCAUCUCUGCAUCCUCUUCUCCGCCCCUCUACCCUGGCUUCAUAAUUCCACAAAACGCCUACCGCAACAUCAAGACUGUAAACCCAAUCACGCUUUGCCAGCUCUUAUUCUCUGCCCUUCCCGCCGACCCCAUUUCUUUCUCCCCUGAUAACCUUGCCACCAUGCUCAACAACAUCCUUUCUGACUCCCUUGAUUCCCUAGUCCCCUGGAAAACUUCUUCUGUUACAUUCACUAACUCUGGCCCUUGGUACACCCCGGAACUCCGCUCCAUGAAACAAACUGGCCGUCAACUCGAACGCCUCUACAAAAGAACCCGCCUCACCGUCCAUGCUGAAACCUUCAAACAACACAUCUCCUCCUAUCGUGAUGCUCUUCUCGCUGCCAAAUCUGCUUACUUCUCAUCUCUCAUUAAUAACACCAACCGGAACCCCCGGAUACUGUUCUCCACCGUCAACAAAUUGCUCCAGCCUUCAAGCCACCCUCCUCACCCGCCCUCUGUAACUCCUUCCUUGUCAACUUUAACAACAAAAUCACCCAAAUCAACAGUUCUCUGACCGACACCAUCAAUAACUCCUCCUCCCCUGCUCUCCUGCCCCCCCUUCCUGACCUCCCGCCCUUCCCAUCUCUCAAGAUUCAAGAUUCAAGAGUUUUUAUUCGCCAUGUUUGAGCGUGCCAAACAAGGAAUUUGACUUCGAUAAAAACACACCCUCUGUUCAACAUUUAGGUGACUAACAACACUCAGGACAUGUGAAUAAUGGCAAAAACAGUGUAGACAAAUUCAAAAAGGUGUGAAGAGCAGGAUGUUAUUGCACAGUAAUGACUCUGAGACUAUGAGUGGUGUGAGUUCAUCAGAGCAACAGCCUGGGGGAAGAAGCUGUCUCUGUGUCUGCUGGUUUUGGCGUACCGAGCUCUAUAACGCCGUCCGGAGGGGAGUAGUUCCAACAGACUACAACCUGGGUGAGAAGGGUCUGUAGAGAUGUUCCUUGCACGUUUCCUGGUCCUGGACAGGUACAAGUCUUGGAUAGAUGGGAGGUUGAUUCCAAUGAUCGUUUCUGCAGUUCUGAUUGUCCGUUGUAGUCUGUGCUUGUCUUGUUUGGAGGCCGAUCCAAACCAGACAGUGAUGGAGGUGCAGAGGACAGACUGGAUGAUGGCAGUGUAGAAGGUCUUCAGAACCUCUCGCGGCAGGUUGAACUUUUUGAGCUGUCUCAGGAAAUAGCUUCUGCUGGGCCUUCUUCCGGACAGAGUCUAUGUGGCCGGUCCAUUUCAGGUCCCGAGAGAUUGUGGUUCCCAGGAACUUGAAGGUGUCUGUGGAGAGAAUAGUAUUACUGCGGAUAGUGAGGGGUAAAAGUGGUGAAGGGUCUCGCCUGAAAUCCACUGUCAUUUCCACGGUCUUGAGGGGGUUCAGCUCCAGAUGGUUUUGGCUGCACCAGUGGACCAGCCGCUCCACCUUCUGUCUGUACGCAGUCUCAUCACCGUCCUGGAUCAGUUCGAUGAGAGUGGUGUCGUCUGCAUACUUCAGGAGCUUCACAGGAGAGUCAGCUGAGGAGAAAUCAUUGGUGUAGAGAGAGAAGAGCAGUGGGAAGAGGACACACCCCUGAGGGGCUCCAGUAUUGGUGGUCCGGGUGUCAGAUGUGAUGCCCCCCAGCCUCACACGCUGUCUCCUGUUGGUCAGGAAGCUGGUGAUCCACUGACAGGUGGAGGCAGGCACCGCAAGCUGGAUGAGCUUCUGUUGAAGGAUGUCAGGAGCGAUGGUGUUGAACGCCGAGCUGAAGUCCACGAACAGGAUCCUGGCGUACGUUCCUGGGGUGUCCAGGUGGUGCAGGAUGUAGUGCAGUCCCAUGUUGACCGCAUCUGACCUGUUUGCCCGGUAGGCAAACUGGAGGGGGUCAAGCAGGGGGCCCGUGACCUCCUUCAGGUGGUUCAGCACUAACCUCUCAAAAGAUUUCAUGACCACAGAUGUCAGUGCGACAGGUCUAUAGUCAUUCAAACCUGUGAUGGCGGGCUUCUUGGCCACUGGAACGAUGGUGGAGCUCUUGAAGCACGAGGGCACCUCACACACAGGUUACAGAGGCGUUACUACACCAAAGGGAAGGAAGAUUGUGUCUGUAGCAACGUUGAUUAGCUAAGGAAUGUAGUGUGGUGUGAACUAGCACUUUAUUGUCGGCCCGUGACCCCCGCAGAGUUUGUCCAUCUGUUCUUCUCCAGUUUUUGGCCGAGUCGUCCGCGAGUGAGAUCAGAUAACUUCAAUUGCCGCUUUCCUGUGGAACAAUGCAACUAGACCUUUGCUAGACUUUAUCUACUUAGUAAAUUAACACUCAAUAACAGUAAGUAACUUGUCCUAAACACUAAAACAAAUGUUAAGUAAAUGUAAGGUAACUGGUAUGCAGUUCCUUAAACAAACAUUGAGUAAAUAUAGGAUAACUUGUACGCAACUACUUCAAACUGCAACACUACACGAACAUUUCGAUAAUAUACACGAACAGGAAUUUGUCGCCACAAAAAAACGACACAUCGGGAAAUUGGACAGACUCAUUGCACAAAAGAAGCCACAACCGGAGCACACACACAUCAACGAAAAAUGGAUUCACAACAUGUCACACCAUAAACUCACCCAGGCAGAACGCAGCAUAUUAGCAAAAGGACUCAACUACGC